AAUUCUAAAAACAAGACUUUUUUUAUUUCUUUUUUUUUCUUUCAACUCUUGUUUUAAUUCCCUAGAUUAAUUAAUAAUUUAAAUAACAAGUUAAUAUGUACUCAGUAUUACGUCAAUUGUUAACUCCCAUUAUUCGCGUGUCAUUUAAAAAUAUCUGCAUUCAUAUAUAUGUCAAUGUAUAUUUUAUAAUUUAAAACAGUAAAGGAGUGUGUUAAUUUUUCAACAACUGCAUGUCAGAUGUUCAUUGUGUUCUCAGUGAUCAACGAUCUUUUUACCUGGCUUGUCACUGUGCAAUAAAGUUAGAGAAGAAAUUUAAAAGAAAAAAAAUAGUUAACACAAUCACAACAAUUAUUUAACUAUUUUAUAAUUUUAUUAAAAUAUAUCAAGUAUAUUUAAAAUAAUGAAAAUUGCAAUAUAUAUUUGAAUGGGUUACCUGGGUUACGAUAGAUCAAAACAUUAAACUGCAAAACUAUAGUCAGUUGCAGUAUAAAUGUCUUGUUGCAUGGUCAACACAAUGAAAACCACAAAGUGCAAUCAAUCAUCAACUUAUUCAUCUGUUUAUUGUGGUCAAAACAAGACCACCAUUAAUUUAUCUUUUAUAUUUCAUCGAUAAUUCAAUACAACAAAAAAAAAAAAAUCUAAAACUAUUCAUCUUUUUUUAUAUUUAAAAAUGUCUGGAAAUAGAUCGAUAAUCAAUAUUUUUUUAUUAUGGAUUUUAUUCUGUGACACAGUUGAAUUUGGAAAUUCUAUUGACUGCUACAAGUGUGUCUCAGUUGGGGGUGAUGACAAAGAAUGUGAUGAUCCUUUUCAUAACAAUAGAUCGCUUGAUUAUUUUGAGUCUCCUUGUCUUGGUGGUCGUAAAGGUAGAGAUGGCCUUUUUCCAGCAACAUCUUGUGUUAAACUCAAUGGAAUAUUUGAUGAAACUGGAAUUUCAUUGACAAUAAGAGGCUGUGCUUUAGACAGUGGCACAUUGACAACCGACACUGAGCUCAUUAGAAUGUCACACUGUGGUGCAUUUUAUUUUAAUGAAAAAUAUGUCAGAGGAUGUGUUCAAUCAUGCAAUGAUUAUGAUGGUUGUAACUCUUCAGUAUUGAAAAAAAUUAACUCAAUUAUUUUUUUAACAAGUUCAUUUUUAAUUGCAAUUCAUCAACAUGUUAUUUAAAUUAGAAAAAAAAAAAACCUUGUGUUAAUUAUUAUUAUUAUUUUUAAAUGCUCACUAUUAUCGCACUGCCUGUAAGUCAUCUGCCUCAAUUUAUUAAUAACUAUAUAUAAAAAUUAUUUUUAAUGAAAAGUAUAGAUUAAUUAAUUAUGGUCUUUUUUUUUCUAUAUAAAAAAUAUUAUGACAUGUCAGUUAUUAUUUAUAAUAUAGGUAUAUUACAAAACAAAACACAAAUGUAUAUUUUAAUUUAUUAUAAUAAUUAUGUGAAAAAGGUU